CUCCGACCUUCGGCUAUUCGCUCUCCGACACUGCAACCGCACAGCUGAGGAGAGCGUACCAACGGCGGCACUUCAGCACUAAGUUACUUUGGACAGCUCUCUCGCGACCUUCCUCUAUUCGCUCCUCGACACUGCAGCAACAUAACUGAGGAGAGCGUGAAGUACCAGGCACUUCAGCACUAGGUUACUUUGGACAGCUCCCGCCGGCUUUCCACGUACACCCCGCCUCCCGCAGCUCCUAUUACUCGAGCUUAGGAAAGUGAUCGGAGUGCAUUCGCCUCCGCGCAAGCAACACUACAGGAAGCGAAGCGAGCGAAGAGGAAAGACCCUUCCAGGAGCAGCUCCCACUCCGCCAAAAAAAUAUCCAGCUUCAUCCCCGCGGGCUCCGUUUUGGAAGCAUGGAUCUGAGAAGGCGCAAGACCUCCUCAUCCAGCCUAAGACUCCCUGUACUGCUUCUAUUUCUAUUGGCCGGCAGCGGAGCAGAACAAGAAGUGGAGAACCUCUCCGGCCUGUCUUCGAACCCCGAAAAAGCUAUUUUUGUAGUUCGCGAAAAUGGAACUACUUGUCUUAUGGCGGAAUUCGCGGCGAAGUUCAUCGUCCCCUAUGACGUGUGGGCCAGCAAUUAUGUAGAUCUGAUCACAGAGCAAGCCUACAUCCCGCUUUCCCGGGGAGCAGAAGAGCAGGGGAAAUGCGGCAGCAACGAAGCCGAGCUCCAGAUUUUGUGGAUAGACAGAGCUUACACCCUGCGACUUUACUUUGUCAAGGAGGGUCGCAACACCAGCACAGGACCCGAGGCCUGGUGGAAAAUGAACAAAGUCCAGUUCGUCUAUGACAGCUCCGAGCGCACCUACUUCAAGGACGCGGUUAACCCUGGGAAACACACAUCUACCACACGCCAUCUUUCUGCUUUAGUCACCCCAGCUGGGAAGUCUUAUGAAUGCCAAGCUCAGCAGACAAUCACCUUGACCUCCACCGACCAUCAAAAAUCUGUAGUUCUCUUGCUGUCGGAGGUCCGCCUUCAGCCCUUUGACAUCAGCUCUGAUUUCACCUUCAGUGAAGAACAUAAAUGCCCAGUAGACCAAAGAGAACAGUUAGAAGAAACCCUUCCUCUCAUUCUGGGCUUGAUCUUGGGACUUAUUAUUGUGAUCACCCUCGGCGUUUACCAUCUCCACCUCAAAAUGACCGCUAGUCAAGUCCAUAUCCCACGAGACAGAUCUGAGUACAAGCAUAUGGGAUAAUAGCUGGCACGCUCGCCAGUCAGCUGAAGCAAAAGCACUUUUUCUCCUGUAGGCCAGGGGCUCCCAUGUGAUGAAAUAAAACUUAACUAC